AUGGUCAAAGCGCAAGGAUCGCUAAAAAAUGUUCCGGCAGCUAUUGAUAUUGGUGGGCUUGAAGAACAGAUUCAAGAAAUAAAAGAAACGGUUGAGCUGCCGCUUGUUCAUCCUGAAUAUUACGAAGAAAUGGGUAUUACAGCUCCAAAAGGGGUAAUAUUGUUCGGCGAGCCAGGAACA